AAAAUUUAGUACCAAAGUUGGCCGGACUCCAUGUAACCGCGUGUUGUCUAAAAAUUAUAGUUUCUUUGAAACUUUAUUACGGUUCGUGGAGUAUACGAGGUGGAGACAAGAUCGAAGAUGGAUAGGCCUAGUACGAGUCAGCAGUCAGUGGACAAAGUCGAGAUGUUUGAAGUGAGGGAACACGUUCCAUAUCAGGCGGAGAUCACUCGUGCUCCUGUGACUUAUGACGAGGAGAGUGGAGACGCGUACAGCUCCUCGUGGGACUCCGCUUGGGCUGCCAUCUGCCAGCUGUUCAAUCUACUCCAUCACAUGCAAAUAGCCAUAGUGGUGUUCUGUAUUUGGCAUUUUGCGUUGACCUCGUCACCGAAUGGAACAAUCAGCAAUUUGCAAUUGCAUAUUAUACUUGCUGGAACUGGCUAUCAACUAUUCCUCGUAGAAGCCAUUCUAACUCUGCAUAGGCACAACUCCUGGUCAUCGCAAUUGUCCAAAGACAGUAAACGCAUUGUACACGGAUGCCUGCAAAUAAUCGGAUCUCUCUUCGUCAUAACGGGAACGUUCCUCGGACUGGCCGAAGUGGACAUGAAGAUUUCAACUGCUCAUGGCAUUUGUGGUGUGAUCGCAUUAGUGUUCUGUCUAAUCAGCUUCAUCACCGGCAUAAUUGCAUUAUUUUCAUCGAAAGUGCGUUUGAUGAUCAAGAGCGGACCAGUGAAAAUCCUCCACCUGGCAGUCGGACUAUUCGCAAUUUGUAUGGGCCUUGUCACUAUGAUAAUAGGAUUCAAUAUGGACUACUACAGCUCCUCUCAAGGCGGUCUAGCUACUGCUUUAAUGGUUUUUGUUACGAUGAUUCUCGGGUACGUGUUAGUUCAGCCUAUUCUCAACUUGAUUUCGACUACCAGAAACGUUAUGUGACUAGUUGACGUGGCGGGAUCAACAGAUGGCGAUAGCGUCGCGUAGUUGUAAGUUAGUAAUUACUUAGAGUUAAGCUUUGAUAGACUACAUAAAUUAUAAUCAUACGAUUGAAAUGUAAGUAAUAAGUAUAAUACACAAAGAAAACUGAAUUACAAUGAAAAUAUGAAAAAAUAUGUAUUGUUAUAAAUUUCUGCUGUUCUAUCUAAUAGAUACCAUUCGUACUAGUAGUGUAUUUAUCGUCAAACAUCUAUACUAGUUUACAAAUGUGUCAUUACCUAAUCGGUUAUUUAUAUGUAAUUAUUUAAUUUUAAGGGACAUUACAAAACAUUCAAUUGAAAUUGAAAUUUAUACAAAAUUAUUUUUAGAUAAAUAGUGAGCGUAUUAGGCGUGCUUCUUUACAGAUUUUUAUGCGUAAUUCAACUUAGAUUACGUAUAAAAACUCCGGUAGUGAUUGAGUAUUUGGGUUCGCAAUUUUGGUCUAAAUAUUUAUUUACCGUUUGAUUUAUAAUUGAAAUAACUUUUAUUUGAUUAAGUAAAUAGAUAGUAGACCUCGUGUUUGUGGAUUUGUGUAUAGUUACUUAUAUUGUUAUUAAAAUAUAAUAAUAUAAAGUAGAAAUGUCCUAAAUGUGUGUACGAACGUUUUUAAAUAAAUAUAUUUUUUUAAA